UUCAGUUUGCUCCAAUAGCUGAAGGAGAACGACUGGUACAGCCUGGUCCUCUCUCCCUCCUCAGCUUCUCUUUUCCUUGCAGAUCGGGCUCCCUCUCUGUCUCUGCAUAGGCAAUCGGAGCUCUUUACUCUCCAAACCUCCUCUGCUCAAGCUGAUUGGAAUGAAUUUUCAUGCUGAACGACUAUACAGCACUUGCUUCCCCCCUGCCAUCAAGACAACCCUUUGUUUUCUGGCUGUUACAUUCCUUUGGACUGCAAGACCUCCCUGGAUUUCAACAAAUAUAGCUGUGUAUUUGCAGAUGUAAAAGGAGCCUGCUUUGCAUCAAGCAGUUCGAUUAAGGAUUUCCAUUUUGCAGGAUUUGGCUGAGCAGAAUACACUGUUGUGCAUAAUCUCUCUCCCUCUAUCUCUCUUUCUCUAUGCUUUGUCAAGACUGAUUCACUGUAAAGGGUCACAAUGCAAAAAUACAAUGAUUAAACUAAGGAUUUAAACUGGAGUCAACACUUGGAAUAGCAGUCCAUCAAUUACUUAAUUCUCGUGGAAUGGGCCUCACAAAAAAAGUAAUCUGGAUCUUACAGAUGGCAGUAAUGAAAAUAAGGCAAUAAUUUCUGUGGCUUAUUUGAAUGAAAGGAUUUGGUUUAUCCUGGCUGAAGUUAUUUAUUUGUUAGUUUUCCUCUCUACCUGGGAGAUCUCACCUUUGCUGAUGUUGAUGUAAACGAUGUCGAGACCAAAGGGAUUACUAUGGUUGCCUUUGAUCUUCACUCCUGUCUGUGUCGUUGUAAACUCAAACUUGCUACUAUGGAUUACAGCCUUUGCUGUAAGAUUUACAAUAAUAGAUGGUCAAGCACAGCAUCCAGUUGUACCUACGAACUAUGGCAAGAUACGUGGCACAAGAACAUCUUUAUCCAUUGAGAUUCUUGGACCUGUAGAGCAAUAUUUAGGAGUUCCUUAUGCCGCACCACCGACGGGAGAGAGGCGUUUUCAACCUCCUGAACCACCUUCAUCGUGGACUGGCAUUAAGAAUGCAACCCAGUUUGCUCCAGUAUGUCCACAGUUUUCAGAUGAAAGAUCAUUAUUAAAUGAUAUGCUGCCUGUAUGGUUUACUGCCAAUUUAGAUACAGUUGUAACCUAUGUUCAGGAUCAAAGUGAAGAUUGCCUAUAUUUAAACAUCUAUGUGCCAACCGAGGAUGGAGCCAACACAAAGAAACAAGCUGAUGAUAUAGCCAAUAAUGAUCGUGGUGAAGAUGAAGAUAUGCACGAUCCAAACAAUAAAAAACCAGUGAUGGUAUACAUACAUGGAGGGUCCUACAUGGAAGGCACUGGAAACAUGAUCGAUGGAAGUAUUCUCGCAAGUCAUGGAAAUGUCAUUGUUGUUACUGUCAAUUACAGGCUUGGUGUCUUAGGGUUUUUGAGUACAGGGGAUCAAGCAGCUAAAGGAAAUUAUGGAUUACUUGACCAAAUUCAAGCUUUGAGAUGGAUUGAAGAAAACAUAGGGGCUUUUGGUGGUGACCCAAAACGAGUUACAAUUUUUGGAUCUGGGGCUGGAGCAUCCUGUGUAAGCCUAUUAACCUUAUCCCACUAUUCUGAAGGUUUGUUCCAAAAAGCAAUCAUACAAAGUGGAACAGCCUUAUCCAGCUGGGCAGUGAACUACCAGCCUGCCAAGUAUACAAGGAUAUUGGCAGAUAAAGUGGGUUGUGACAUGCUGGAUACUAUUGACUUAGUUGAAUGUCUUCGGGAGAAGAACUACAAAGAACUCAUUCAGCAGUCCAUCACACCAGCCACAUACCACAUUGCCUUUGGACCAGUCAUUGAUGGUGAUGUCAUUCCAGAUGACCCACAGAUACUCAUGGAACAAGGGGAGUUCCUUAACUAUGAUAUUAUGCUUGGAGUUAAUCAAGGAGAAGGCUUAAAAUUUGUGGAUGGCAUAGUAGAUAAUGAAGAUGGUGUUUCACUAAGUGAUUUUGACUUUUCAGUCUCUAACUUUGUAGACAACCUGUAUGGUUACCCAGAGGGGAAAGAUACUCUCCGAGAGACAAUUAAGUUUAUGUAUACUGACUGGGCUGAUAAAGAGAAUCCAGAAACAAGAAGGAAAACUUUGGUUGCACUAUUCACAGAUCACCAGUGGGUGGCACCUGCUGUUGCAACAGCUGAUUUACAUGCUCGAUAUGGCUCUCCAACCUAUUUCUAUGCAUUUUAUCACCAUUGCCAAAGUGAAAUGAAACCAAGCUGGGCUGAUUCCGCCCAUGGUGAUGAAGUUCCUUAUGUAUUCGGUAUUCCCAUGAUUGGACCCACUGAACUCUUCAAUUGCAAUUUCUCAAAGAAUGAUAUCAUGCUCAGUGCAGUGGUUAUGACAUAUUGGACUAACUUUGCCAAAACUGGGGAUCCAAACAAACCAGUUCCGCAAGACACAAAGUUCAUCCAUACAAAGCCAAAUAGAUUUGAAGAAGUUGCUUGGUCUAAAUAUGAUCCAAAAGACCAGCUGUAUCUACAUAUUGGUCUAAAGCCAAGAGUAAGAGAUCACUACAGAGCAACCAAAGUGGCUUUCUGGUUAGAAUUAGUACCACAUCUACACAACCUUAAUGAAAUAUUUCAAUAUGUUUCUACAACAACCAAGGUACCACCACCAGAUAUGACUUCAUUCCCGUAUGUUACACGACGCUCUCCUGCUGUAAAGUCAAGGGCUACUACCAAGCGUCCAGCAAUGACACCAGCGAAUAAUCCAAAAGAAACACAAAAGAAUGUUUUGGGUGAAACCACUAUCAUUGCAGAGGAUAAAAGAGAUUACUCCACAGAACUAAGUGUCACCAUUGCUGUAGGAGCUUCCCUUUUGUUUCUUAAUAUUUUAGCCUUUGCUGCUCUGUACUACAAAAAAGAUAAGAGACGCCAUGAAACACACAGACGGCCUAGUCCUCAGAGGAACACAACAAAUGAUAUAGCGCAUAUUCAAAAUGAAGAAAUAAUGUCCUUGCAAAUGAAGCAGUUGGAGCAUGAUCAUGAAUGUGAAGCUCUUCAGGCACAUGACACUCUCCGGCUGACCUGUCCACCUGACUACACCCUCACACUGAGGAGAUCCCCUGAUGAUAUUCCUCUAAUGACUCCAAACACAAUAACAAUGAUUCCAAACACAUUAACGGGUAUGCAACCACUGCAUACCUUUAAUACUUUCAGUGGAGGCCAAAAUAGUACUAAUUUACCCCAUGGCCAUUCUACUACCCGAGUAUAGCUUUGCCAUGUUUUCCAUUCUCUUGGAGAAAACAAAAACAAACAGAAAACUUGUGAAGAAGUAGAAAAGAAGGAAUUAUUUUCUUACUCAUUCCCGUCUAGAGGAAUUGUCUAAUAUUCAUACCGAUCAGCCCAAGAUGUGAAUUGUGUAAAUUGCUGUUAUGAUAUUGCUUAUGAAUUUAUCCCUGCUAGACAAAAUUUUGAUAAACUUAAUAUUUUGAACAGUCUUCUUGAAGAAAAUGGAUGUUUUCUCUAUUAUACAUAACGAGGAAAGCUGCUCGGGAACACAAAAUGUCUUUACUGCUUUGUUUUUGUUUUCUGAGUUCUCUAUGUGCCAUACAGAACAAGGCCCCUUGGUCAAAUACAUUAGUAUCCUGAGCUUUUUAUAAAGCUGUAACUCACAAUGGAAAUUCUAUUUAAAACCACGGACUGACUAUGCAGAAUUAAAUGUAUAGUUCUGGCAAUGAAGGUAUAUGCCAUCAUGAACUGUAUUUAAAGAAGAAAAAAAGUUUGUAAAAAUGUAAAUAGCCGUGAGUUUAAAAAAAAUAUCUUUUAUUGUUGUUUUAAGUUUAAGAAAAUAACUUUUAGAAAGAUUGUGCUUUUAGUUGUGACCUAUGUGUAUAUACAUUAGUCAAAUUCCAUCUCUGUUGCCUCCAGAAAAAGAAAAGAGUUUUCUUCUUAAUAAUGUAAGAAAGAGUUAAGGAAUUUUAUAAUCUUUUAAUUUGUAGGAAAUAAUGCAAGUUCUCUUGAAGAUGACAUUUUGGAUAUGUUAACUGCAAAACUCCCCUUUGAGGUUACACAAAUGCAUGUGCAAUUUUACCUUUUUUUCUCUUUUUUUUAAUGUUUUACAUUUUUACUAUUGUUUCUUGAAUAUCUGGAGCACUGGGUAAUAUUCAAGAAUAACGAGCACUAUUCAAAAGAUGUAUCUAAGAAUGUUUAAAAUUGCUGUUCUUUCUUAUUGCCCUAUUUUUAAAAAAAACGCUAAAUGUAAACUCAGACCACACUGUAGGAUACACAAUGUUUAAAAGAAAAACAAUUAUAUGAAAAUAAGAAUUUAAUUAUUGCAAUUUGAUGGAGAUUGUGUUCUUUUACAUAAUAUAAGGCUUUAUCCAAUAUGCCCGGCAUCUGAUGUUUGUCAUAUAAAAUGUGGGUUAACAUUAUUUUCAUUUGUUUUCCAUUUAUUUAUAUUUUUAAUAAUUAUGUACCUGUCACAUGCGUAAUGCGCAGUACUGAAAGUUAAAAUUGAAGACCACCAAAUGGUUUGCAAAUAAAUUCUGAACAUUUUAUUGGAAAAAAA